GAGCUGCUGUCCCCCGCGCAGAUCGAGGAGCCGAGAAGCAGGAGGGUGGACAUGCUGGGGGUGGUUCGCAUCUUCUCUCUGCUCGUGGCGCCGCUGCUGCUGGGCUCUGCGAGUUGCUUGCGUGCGGAGCUGACCUGGAGGCCUCUCCUGGGCCACUGUCCUUUCUAAGGAGCUCACCUUCCAGAGCCCAUCCACAGAGAACUGGCAGGGGGACCCUCUUAGGAGAGGAGGAACAUGGCGAACUUCAGGCAGCUGUCCUCGGGCGGGAAGGCUGCCUUGGCUGCUGGCACUGUCUUCAUAUCCAUGAUUAUCUCUCGCUCCUAUCUGGCUGGGAGCAUUGAACUUGGGGCCUGGCGGUGGCUGUUCCGCCUGCAGCUUGCCCUGUUUGCCAACUCGCUCAUGCUCAUUGGUUCUCUGUACAUCUGGAGGAGUGCAGUCAGCAACCUCAGCCACUCCCCUGCUGCAGACAGCUCCUGCUUUCAGCUUUGGAAGAUGGCUGUGGGGGCAUUUCUGGCCCUGGCCCACUCCAGCUUCUUCACCAUGCUCUUUUUAGUGGCUGAGGAGCCCUACCUCUUUUCCUUGGCAGCCUACUCCUGCCUCGGGGCCUACAUCAUCAUGGUGUUCUUCUUCUGCACUCUCAGCGGCAUGGAGCAGGCCUACCAGCUCCUGGCUUGGCGCAGUGGUAAGGCCGUGGGCAGCCUUGACAAGACCAGGAAGCUGGCCCUCAGGCCAGCCCUGGCAGUGAUGGUGACCGUUGUGCUCAGUGUGGCUGGGCUUCUCAACGCUGCCCAGCCACCCGCUGUGAAAACGGUGAUUGUGCCCACCCAUCAGCUGCCCCUGUCCAUGGACCGCCUCAAGAUCGUGCUCCUCUCAGACAUUCACCUGGGCCCCACGGUGGGCAGGACCAAGAUGGAGAUGUUCGUGAGAAUGGUGAACACGCUGGAACCGGAUGUCACAGUGAUCGUGGGGGACCUCUGCGAUUCAGAAGCCUCUGUCCUCCGCACAGCCGUUGCCCCUCUGGGCCAGCUCCGUUCCCGCCUGGGCACCUACUUCGUCACUGGGAAUCAUGAGUACUACACGUCAGAUGUCAGCAACUGGUUCGCACUGCUGGAGUCCCUUAAUGUCAGGCCCCUUCACAACGAGAAUGUGAAGAUUUCUGCCACACAGGCCCAACAUAGUGGUGGUGAGGAUGCUGACUGGAUCUGCUUGGCAGGGGUGGAUGACAUCGAGGCAGACAUCCUGCACUACUCUGGCCAUGGCAUGGACCUUGAGAAGGCUCUGGGUGGCUGCAGUCCAGACCACACCACCAUCUUGCUAGCUCACCAACCGUUGGCGGCCAAGAGAGCCCUUCAGGCCCGACCAGACAUUAACCUGAUCCUUUCUGGGCACACGCACGCCGGGCAAAUCUUCCCCUUGAAUGUGGCUGCCUAUCUCCUGAACCCCUUCUUUGCCGGUCUCUACCAAGUGUCCCAGACUACCUUUGUCUAUGUCAGCCCAGGCACAGCCUACUACGGGAUACCCAUGAGGCUGGGGAGCAGGGCGGAGAUCACAGAGCUUAUCCUGCAGCAGGCUCCUUGAGCCCGCCGCAUCCUGGACAUGCCUCUGCUGCCCAGCUCUUCAUUCUCCGACCCUCUUCAGGGCGAGUUGCCUGCGUCACCCCUUUCCAGUCUCUCCUGCACAGCCCUGCUGAUCCACACUGGGGCACAAGCCUGACUUGAAUGGUUACUUAUGGUGGGGUUUCUGGCCACUUCAGUGAGAUUCCUCUGGACAUGGCCAGUUGCUUUUUUACAUACGUUUGUGAUCCCACUAACGCUGCAUAUACGAGAACAGGCAUCAGUUUCCCACAUGACGGUGGAGUAAGUCUUCUGCAGAGCUCACAGGAAUGAGCAGAAAUGUGAGCUACCUUCAAAGGAAUAUGGUGAGAUAGCUGUGUAGGGAAGUGAUUUGGGGGUUGUAAACCUUUAGGAUUUUAUUUCCAGAGUCAUGAAUCUGUAACUUUCUGGGGGAAGAAACAGUGUGACUGAGUAAUCUGAGCAAACUGUCCACAGAAGGAGGCCCGUCUGGUGACUGGAGAAGAGUGUUUUCUUUCCCCCUUUGUCUCUUACCUGUCAACUUUAUUGAGGGCAUCACCACACCCUACUGGAAUACAGAGUUCUUCAUCCUGCUCCAGACCCUAUAUGAUGUUCCUCAACUGUCUGUGCUUCUGAGUCUUGGGGUCAGGGCUGGGGUGAAAAGAAACCUGAGCAGUGCAGUAGGUGAUGGUUAUAGUAAGGCUGCUCAGGAAGUCAAAGGGCUUGCCUCCCUUGUCUUGUUUUAUCAGCCCCACGCUGAGAUAAUUAAGCACAAACUACUUGUCCCUGUUUAGAGAUGAGGAAACUGAGGCAGAGAAAGGUUGGACACCAGCAGCAUGACAAGCUGUGUAAGAGGUUCUGGGCAAGAAGCCUAGUCUUCUGCCUGCCAGGGAAAGCCUUCUUCCAGGCACCAGAAUGUAGCUCAAUGGUAGAUAUAUUUUGUAUGUAUAAGAUCCUCAUGCAGGUGGGGGUAUAGCACAAUGGUUAUGCAAAGAGACUUUCAUGCCUGAGGCUCUCAAGUCCCGGGUUUAAUCCCCCACACUGCCAUAAGCCAGAGCUGAGCAGUGCUCUGGUAAAAAAAAAAAAUGAAUAAUAAUAAAAAAUAAAAUCCUCAUGCAGCAAAAAAGUGUUCUUUCUAGUGAGUGAUGGUUAAAUAACUAUCCUGGGUAAAUGCAGGAUUCAGACUUAGGUAAUCGUGUAGAUAGAAUGAGCAAACUAAUGUCCUUUUAAUUCACUUGGACUUGAUUUCACUUCACUUGUAGCACCCUGGGCCAGCUGCAUGAGUUGAUUGCUUUGAGUACAGCAUGGCUGGAUAUUUGAAGAAUGCUCAAGAAAUGGGAGGCCCCCUUAUCCUCCCCCACCCAGUUUGGGCUUAUUUUUUGUGAGAAACAAGGUUCUGUCUCCACAGUGGUGAAGUUGAGGCCUGAAUAGCGAGCAACAGGGCCUCACUCACUCCUCUCCCACUGGGCCCUGGCUAUGGCAUGUAUGGGGGGGGGAUGGGGGGGUUGUCCUUCCUGCAGACAACUUCCAGCCCACCAGCCUGACUCCAUCAGAGCUGUCCUAAGACUGCAGCUCCAGAACUACAGUGCCCUGCUGGCUGCUUCUAUAGAAAAGUAGACCAAGGUCACUACAUUUAGAGAGCCCUUUUCUGUAUGCCUGCCCCUUGACCAAUAAGCACAAACCUUCUAAAAAAGACCUCACUGAGAGGCCUGAGCACCUGGACUCAGUGCUCACUCUUUUGUGAUUGAGUUUUGCUCCAACUCUGGGCAAGGGGAAGGGAUGGCUGACUGGAAAGGCUUCACCUUUGCUGCUCAUCAGUCAGGCAACUCAGCCUCAGUUUCCCUCACCGAAGGCGGAGGUUAAUGAGCCUAUCUACCUCAAGGUUGUUUGUCGGGGAGGGUGUGGAGAUGGUGGCAUGCAAGGUGUGAGUGGCACAGUCAUACGGGAAGCAGCUGCUGUUGUUCAUCUGGAAGCAUCCAGGCCUGCUGCAGAGCACAGGUGAACUCAUAGAGCAGCUGACCCUUGGAAAUGUGAGGAGGUGGCCUGCUUCCUGCUUCGAGGGGCGGGGGGUGGUGGUGCUUAUGGAAGCAUCAGAAAAGGUUUCUUCUUUGUCCUCCUUGUUUUCUUGGUGCAGGUCUAAUGCUCCAUGUUCUUUGUUUUUUUCCUUUUUGAUGGUACUAUCUUAAGAUAAGUCUUAGAAAACAUAGUUUCACUCCAGAUACUUCAAUAUGCAUCCCUCUUUAGAAAGAAACAUUGUUACAGUCAUUAUCAGACCCACUGAGAUUAUCAGUAAUUAUUAUUAUUUGCUUCCAGGUUUAUUGAUAGGGCUCGUUGUGGGCUCUACAAAUUCACUGCUCCUAGAGGCCAUUUUUUUCCUUUUUCCUUUUUUUUUUUUUUUUUUAGUUGGACAGGACAGAGAGAAAUUGUGAGGGGAGGAGAAGAUAGACACCUGCAGACCUGCUUCACCUUUUGUGAACUGUCCACCCUGCAGGUGGGGAGCCAGGGGCUCGAACCAGGAUUGUUGUGUGGGUCCUUGGCUUCAUACUAUGUGCACUGCUUAGCUCUGGCUUGUGGUGGUGUGGGGACUGACCCUGGAACUUUGGAGCCUCAGGCAUGAGAGUUUCUUUGCAUAACCAUUAUGCUGUCUCCCCCACCCCUGCAGUAAUUCUUUAAUAUCAUCUAAUACCUACCUAGAAAAUUUGAGGCUAGGGGCCAGGCGGUGGUGCACCUGGUUAAAUGCACAAUUACAGUGUACAAGAACCCAGGUUCAAGACCCCCUGGUCCUCACCUGCAGGGGGAAUGACUUCACAAGUGGUGAAGCAAUGCUACAGGUGUCUCACCAUCUAUUUUCCUCUCUAUCUUCCCCUUCCUCUCAAAUUUCUCUCUCUAUAUAUAUCUAAUAAAUAAAUAAAAACAUUUAAAAAAAAAAAGGAAGAAAAAUUGAGGCUAGAAGCCAGACCUCCUCCCUCUCUAUCAAAGUGUUCUUUCCAUUACAUGAGUGUUAAGUAGCUGCAUCUGUUACAGGUGGGUACAGAAAUCAAAUAGUUAUCAAUAUUCUGUUAAUCUCAACUGUUUUUUCCCCCCUGUGGUAAAAGUCAUAGCAUAAAAUUUAGCAUAACUGUUUCUUUGUGUCCAAUACAUUAGUGUUAGGUAUAUACAUUAUUGUGAAACAAGUCUCCAAAGCCUUUUCAUGUUGCAAAUAUUUAUCCACUAAACAGUAACUCCUCUCUCCUCCAUUCUCCAGCCCCUGGUGAGCAUGUCCAUGCACUUGACUACUCUGGACACCUCACCUUGGUAGGAUCAUACUUUAUUGUCUGUGUCCAGCUUAUGAAUAAUGUCCUCAGUGCUCAUCUAGGUUGUAUCCUGUUUUCUUUUUAAAGUUGAGUAAGUAUCCUGUCAUGUGUAUAUCUCACUCUGUGUCUGUCCGUUCAUCCACCAAUGGGCAUUUGAGUUGCUUUCACCUCUUAUUUAUUAUGAAUAUUCCGGCUAUGAAUAGGGCUGUUUAAAGAUCCUUUCAAAACCCUGCUUUCAAUUAUUUUGGAGUUGUGCCCAAUAGUGGGAAUCCCACAGUAGUUGUAUUUUUUAUUUUUUUUUCUCAGGAACCUGUAUACCAUGUCCCAUAGCAGCUACACUGUUUUAUAAGCCCACUAGUAAGACACAAGGGUUCCAAUCACACACAAAUUCUUUCAUCCUUGUGGUUGUUCUUCUCCAGCCUGUCUGAUGUGAAGAUAACUCAGUGGUUUUGGAGGUUUGGAUGGCUCUUGGCUCUGGCUUAAUCAAUUUGUUUUAUAGUAAUCUGAAGCAUUCCUUCUCAUCUUCCUUUGAACUGUGGGAUCUGGGAAGUCCAUGUGUGGAAAGACCCCUCCACCUCAUCUUCUUCCCUCAAUCUGAGGGUUCUGGCAGCCUAGAAUUGCAUCAGGAUUCUCCAGACUCUUGGGCCUCUGGGGUGAAUAGAUCUGGUAUGUAGGGUAUUUGCAGUGGAGAUCUGUUCACUGAGUAGGUGCUUACCGGAGUUACAUUGAGAGACUUGAAAACAUUGUCUUCACACAAGCAGCAUGACCCAUCAUCGCCUGUAACUGCUGAACUGUCAUCAUCUCUUUAUUCUAGUUGAAGAAUGUGCACAAGUAAUGCAAAGGUAGUUAUUUUCAAUCUUGAGGGUUAGAAAGCUUGGGGAAUGUUGCUUUUACAUUACCCAGUGAUGUAAAUAUCAGUGUUAGGUUUUGUGUUUCGAUUUCUCACAAAGAAAUACUUGUUUACCAUUGAAAUAGUGUAAACUGAAUAAACAGAUUUUUAAAAAAUGUUGUAUUGGACAAUACUAAGUUCCUGAUGUGUAUUUAGUCCAAAGAUGUUUUGUCUGCACUGCUGCUUUUUUUUUCUUCUUCCAAUAUGGUAUGUGUAUUGUGUACAGGGCGGGGGGAGUAGUCGUGGAUUUCGCCUUGCUUAGAUUUUCUUUCUUUCUUUUUUUUUUAGUAAGUGCUCUGUGACUUCGUGCAUUGUAAAUACUAAUGCUUCCACACCCCUGCC